CCGCUCGACCUCAAGAAGUUCACUCACUGUUUCCUAAUUCCAUAUGUUGCUACUCGUGCAAUUGCUCAUCGACUCAAUGUCAGUACAGCGGAGGCUCACACAAUUCUCUUGGAAAGCAGACCGGCUGGGAUUCAACUGCAUCCUGCACUAGACUCUGACAAAGAACUGGACCGGAUCUGCAGGUCAAACAUUCAGCGCUCUAAGUCAAACACAAUCAUCAUU